AGUCUCGGAAGCGGAGCAGAGGGCACUUUACGCAACACCGCAUCUUUCCUGAGCCGGACUGAGUGCGGAUUACAAUAAAUCUAAAAGUGGAACUCGGACAUGGCGCACUUGCCCGAACACAAAACUAUUUGGUGAAGGUUUAAAUGCAAUUAAAUGAAUAAGAACGGCCUUGACAACUAUUUCUAAAGCGUCGAGGGAACCUGGUGCACCCACUUCAAUGCGCUGAAUCCGAACAAGGGGACGCGUGAUGCGUUGAGGCAACAGGUGGCACUUUAUGGGCAUAAUGUGUUUUUUAGCCUUCGCAACGGGCACAGGUUCGUAGGGACGAGCUACCUGCUGCAUGCGCUCAACGGAAGUGGAGGAAUGUGCGUUUUGAAACACACGAAGCCCUGAGGUCCCGAUGUCCCAGAAGACAAAACAGCAUGGAGACAGAGCUACGCUGCUAUGCAAAAACUUAUUUCCACGUUCGUAAAGGACCCAAACGCGUGAGAACCAAAAACGGCUCCAGAGUGAAAGAAGACGAGCUCCGAUGAAUGGACAGCAGGAUGUUUUUUGGUCAGGCUGGUCUGAAUCACAGCUUCAACCUGAGCGAUGAGCGGGAGCUGCUGGACGCGUCGGCGGGCAGGGCGAAGCUCUCUCCGACGGGCUUCGUCGUGCUGUCCGUGAUGCUGGGCUUCAUCAUGACAUUCGGCUUCGUCAACAACCUCGUGGUGCUGCUUUUGUUUUGCAAAUUCAAGAAGCUGCGAACGCCGGUGAACAUGCUGCUGCUGAACAUCAGCGUGAGCGACAUGCUGGUGUGUUUGUUCGGCACCACUCUCAGCUUCGCCUCCAGCCUGCGGGGCAAGUGGCUGCUGGGGCGCAGCGGCUGCAGCUGGUACGGCUUCAUCAACUCCUGCUUCGGUAUCGUGUCGCUGAUCUCUCUGGUGAUCCUCUCCUACGACCGAUACAGCACUCUGACUGUAUACAACAAGGCUGGGCCCGACUAUCGCAAGCCGCUACUCGCUAUUGGGGGCUCCUGGCUGUACUCCUUGUUCUGGACAGUGCCCCCUCUGCUGGGCUGGAGCAGCUACGGCAUAGAGGGCGCAGGAACCAGUUGCUCUGUGUCCUGGACGGUUCAGACGGCCCAAUCUCACGCUUACAUCAUCUGCCUCUUUACGUUCUGCCUGGGUCUACCCAUGCUGGUGAUGAUCUACUGCUAUAGUAGGCUGUUAUUGGCAGUCAAACAGGUGGGUAGGAUCCGAAAGACUGCAGCCCGCAGGAGGGAGUACCACAUACUCUUUAUGGUUCUGACUACAGCGGCGUGCUACAUGUUGUGCUGGGUGCCUUACGGCGUCGUGGCCAUGAUGGCGACAUUCGGCCCACCCAACAUCAUCAGUCCCGUGGCCAGCGUGGUGCCUUCACUGCUGGCCAAGAGCAGCACGGUCAUCAACCCGCUCAUCUACAUACUCAUGAAUAAACAGUUCUACAGGUGUUUCUUGAUCCUGUUUCACUGCGAUCACUGGUCAGCAGAGAACCACAACACCUCCAUGCCCUCCAAGACCACCGUGAUCCAUCUGAACCGCAGAGUCUGCAGUAACACGCUGGCUUGCACCGCCCAGGUCUCCACCGACGCCGUCAACCACUUCUGCAGCACCUCGGCCACCAAGCACACAAGCCCCCCCCUUCAAGGUCACGACCUGAGCCUGAAUAUCCCCAACAUGAUCCGACAGGAGAAACACAGUCAUGAUGAAGCAGCAAAGAAUCAGCAUGACUGCCUGACUUAGCCA